GAAUCUGCUUCUGAUUCCGGCUCUGCCGACGAGGCCCCCUCCCCUCUCCUCCCUCCUUCCCGGCCCGAGCAGCCCCGCCCCCGGCCGGGCCCAGGCUUGCGCCUCCUGCGCCCCCCACCCCCUCCUGGCACAGCUCGCCCGUCGUCGCUACAGCCGGGAGGAGGCGGCGGCCGGGGCGCCCCAGGCCCCGCCCGCCCUCGGCCCUUCCUGGGAGGCCGGGAGACCUGCUCGACCCGGCCCUCUGUGGGUGAGUGCAACGGCGGGCGACGGGUGGGGCCUCCGCGGGCGGAGGCGCCGGGAGCGGGGGCGACUCCUGUCAUCGCUCCAGGCCCAGCGGGAGGACGCGCCAGCAUCCCCGCUGUUGCGCUUGGCCCGGGGCGUGCCCGCGGCUGCUCCCACCUCUGGGCCUCGGCUGGGGCCGCCCGGGAUUGCUUGGCAUUGCGGGCCAGCGGGCAGAGCCUCGGACCCGGGCUCGCUCUCCGCCUCCCACCCCCACCCCGAGGGCAGCAGCGUGGGGCCCGGCGGGCCGGCGGAUCUACCGCGACUCCGGCCAUGCCCGGCUGGCCCUGGGGGCUGCUGCUGACCGCGGGCACGCUUUCGACCGCGCUGAGCCUGGGGCCGCCGGCGCCCGCGGACCCCUGCCAUGACGAGGGGGGCGCGCCCCGCGGCUGCGUGCCGGGCCUGGUGAACGCCGCCUUGGGCCGCGAGGUACUGGCGUCCAGCACGUGUGGGCGGCCGGCCACGCGGGCCUGUGAUGCCUCCGACCCGAGGCGGGCACACCCUGCCGCCCUCCUGACCUCCGCAGGGAGCACCACAAGCCCUGUGUGCUGGCGUUCGGACUCACUGACGCAGGCGCCCUUCAACGUGACCCUCACAGUGCCCCUGGGCAAGGCUUUUGAGCUGGUGUUCGUGAGCUUGCGCUUCUGCUCUGCGCCCCCCGCCUCGGUGGCCCUGCUCAAGUCACAGGACCAUGGCCGCAGCUGGGCCCCACUGGGUUUCUUCUCCUCCCGCUGUGGCCUGGACUAUGGCCGCCUGCCUGUCCCUGCCGAUGGCCCACCAGGCCCAGGGCCCGAAGCUCUGUGCUUCCCGGAGCCCCAGGCCCAGCCCGAUGGUGGUGGCCUUCUGGCCUUCAGCGUGCAGGACGGAAGCCCACCAGGCCUGGAUCUGGACAGCAGCCCAGUGCUCCAAGACUGGGUGACUGCCACAGACAUUCGAAUAGUGCUCACAAGGCCUGCCGUGCUGGGGGACACCAGGGACUCCGUGGCCAUGGUCCCUUACUCUUACUCGGCGACUGAGCUCCAGGUGGGCGGGCGCUGCAAGUGCAAUGGGCAUGCCUCAAGGUGCCUGCUGGACACCCAGGGCCACCUAAUCUGCGACUGCCAGCAUGGCACCGAGGGCCCCGACUGCGGCCGCUGCAAGCCCUUCUACUGCGACAGGCCGUGGCAGCGGGCCACGGCCCGGGAAGCCCACGCCUGCCUUGCUUGCUCCUGCAAUGGCCACGCGCGCCGCUGCCGCUUCAACAUGGAGCUGUACCGACUAUCCGGCCGCCGCAGUGGCGGGGUCUGCCUCAACUGCCGGCACAACACGGCCGGCCGCCACUGCCACUACUGCCGGGAGGGCUUCUAUCGAGACCCUGGCCGCGCCCUGAGUGACCGCCGCGCUUGCAGGGCAUGUGACUGUCACCCUGUUGGUGCUGCUGGCAAAACCUGCAACCAGACCACAGGCCAGUGUCCCUGCAAGGAUGGUGUCACGGGCCUCACCUGCAAUCGCUGCGCCCCCGGCUUCCAGCAGAGCCGCUCUCCCGUGGCACCCUGCGUUAAGACGCCUGUCCCUGGACCCACUGAGGAGAGCAGCUCUGUGGAACCCCAGGCCUCCACACCCCCUCCAGACUGCGACGUGCACUGCAAACCAGCCCGCGGUAGCUACCGCAUCAGCUUGAAGAAGUUCUGCAGGAAAGACUACGCGGUGCAGGUGGCGGUGGGCGCGCGCGGCGAGGCGCGCGGCUCGUGGACGCGCUUCCCGGUGGCCGUGCUUGCAGUGUUCCGGAGCGGCGAGGAGCGCGCGAGGCGAGGGAGCAGCGCGCUGUGGGUGCCGGCGCGGGACGCGGCCUGCGGCUGCCCGCGCCUGCUGCCCGGCCGCCGCUACCUGCUGCUGGGGGGCGGGCCGGGGACCGCGGUCGGGGGCCGGGGGCCCGGGCUCAGCGCUGCCCGCGGGAGCCUCGUGCUGCCCUGGCGCGAUGCGUGGACGAGGCGCCUGCGGAGACUGCAGCGGCGCGAGCGGCGGGGGCGCUGCGGGACGGCCUGAGCCCGCAGCGCGGGCGGGGCGCUGCUUCCACGUUGAGGCGCACGUUCGUCCGGUGCAUCUGCCUGCAGAGGAGUCUUUGCUGGCGUCGCGCGCGUCGCCAUCUGGGCCCUCGCCCCGACCCUGCCCAGCGACUCCCUAGAUGCCACGCGCCCAUGCCUAAGAGGGGUGUGACCGAUGUAGGGACACCCCGCGCCGACACACAGGGAUGUGAUAGCCCCAAAGAGCUGCUUCAGGGAUCCACUGGGCAGUUGUCAUCCCAACGGACUCCUUGCCCGCCAUCCUCGCAUUAUCUUCCCCCUCCUACGGGCACUGUGAUGGUCCAAGAGGCUGUGAACCCCCUGUGGGGCCGAACAACAUUUCGAGGCUCUGAGAACACUCUAAGGGACGCUGUGACCCCCAGCCUCCCCCCCCCCACACACACACCCGUGAUGUCGUGAUCCCUCAGAGAGCAUUUUCACCUUCCUAAAAAGCACUGUGACCCUCUCCCAA